GUGGCGGCGGCGGGAAAGGGUUGCGGACCCGCGGCGCUCACUCGACGACACGGCCCGGGCCUCGACGCCCCGCUCCCGCAGCAGUAAGAAGACUGCCGUAGAGUCGCAGACGACCAUCUGAGUCCUUCCUAAGUACAUGGGUAGUGUCAAUGCCAACCAGACAACAGGAUCUCAUUGUGUAUCCCUGGCUGUCCUGGAACUUAACUAUGCUCGAAGAGGCUGGCCUCGAACCCUCCGAGAUCUACCUGCCUCUACCUCCUGCGUGCUGGGGUUAUAGGCAUGUGCCACCAUGCCACUGACCUUCUGAGCCUCCUUCUUCCAUCUCCUGAGUGCUGGGAUUAAAGGCACAUGUGGCUGGUGGCUGUCAUUACUGGAAGGUGGAGGGAGCUAUGACCCAAAUUUAAUUGAAAGGUUCUAUUACUACUGGAUUUUCAAGAUUUUUUAAUACAAUUUUCUUUUGAAUUAUGAUUUAAAUAUCAAAAAUCUUUAAAAUUUUUUUAAAAAAGGGAAAUAUUUUAGUUUUGGAAGUCAGAAUGCCAAGGAAAAGGAAAAAUCUUGGGGGAAAUCCUUUGCGGAAGACUGCAAACUCUAAGGAGAUUGUCGUGUCCCGUGUUGCUGGUCGCGAGGAGCCGGCCACUACUCUUCCUUCCAUGUGUGAGAAAAAAAUUGAGCAGGAAGAACUCUUCACCAGUAUCUCAGAGAUGUUCUCUGCUCUGGAUCCUGAUGUAGUUUAUUUGAUGCUUUCUGAAUGUGAUUUUAAAGUUGAAAAUGCCAUGGAUUGUCUGUUAGAAUUAUCUGCCACUGAUACCAAGAAGGAAGAAUCGUCUGCACAAACUUCUGUUGAUUGUGAGAGCAAGCCAGGGGCAUCAGGAAGCACAGUAAUGGAGUCGUGCCGUCCCGAAGACGAGAGCGAAGAUUCAAAACUGGAUUCAUUUUUGGAUAUGCAGCUAACCGAAGACUUGGAUUCCUUAAUACAGAAUGCUUUUGAGAAAUUAAACCCUCCUCCUGAUGACCAAGUAUACCCAUUCUCACCUCUGCAGGAUGCUAAUAGUUUUAAUGACCCUUCUACCUUUAUGAGUUCAGACUCAAGUGGUGUGACUUCUCUUCUUUCUGUACAAAAUACGAGCUCAGACAGAGAGAUUCUCAAACGUUCUGCUUCUUUGCUAGGUACAAACCCACCGACUUCAUCCUCAGUUUCGAAUGGGCCUGAGACUGGUCCACAGAGUGGUCCACUGGCCCUGGCAGGGCGCCACCCGGAAGACGCUCCUCUCAGCAGCUCUGCAAAGCCAGCAAAGGACUCUGUUAUGGGUUGUGGCAAUUUUAGCCAAAGACAAAAAGAUCCUUUAGAAUCUGAGUAUCCUAGUGUGCAGCAUUCUCAAGCCCUUGUAGAUUUGGGCAACAGUGAACCUCAGGUUCCUACAAAUCUCCCUCUGCACAAUUCAGGGACCGAUUUACCAGGUACAGGUGGGGAUCAAAAGUCUGCUUCUGCUCCUGACAUUUUUGUGCCCUCUGAAGGGUUCAAUUUCAAGCCGCACAAACAUCCGGAGCUGCCGCCGAAGGGGAAGGACAUGAACUACUGCCCGGUGCUCACCCCUCUCCCGUUACUCCUUCCACCCCCACCCCCACCCCCAAUCUGGAACCCAAUGAUCCCUGCUUUUGAUCUCUUUCAAGGGAACCAUGGUUUCGUAGCCCCUGUUGUGACCACAGCUGCACACUGGAGACCAGUCAACUAUACGUUCCCAACCCCCAUCAUCUCCCACAACUCUCCAACCACAGUGUGGAGAGGCAGCGAGGGAGCAAGUGCUUACCAGGUGCAGGAGGCCCCAGCCUCACAGCCUGCGAGGAAGAAGACCUCCUUCGUUGGCUUAGUUCUCGUCCUCCUCAGAGGGCUGCCGGGCUCAGGGAAGUCCUUUCUGGCAAGGACUUUGCAAGAGGAUAAUCCAGGUGGUGUCAUCCUCAGCACUGAUGACUAUUUUUAUAUAAACGGACAGUACCAAUUUGACGUAAAGUACUUAGGGGAAGCCCACGAGUGGAACCAGAAUCGAGCAAAAGAAGCAUUUGAGAAGAAGGUUUCUCCAGUAAUCAUAGAUAAUACCAACCUCCAAGCGUGGGAAAUGAAGCCAUAUGUUGCUUUGUCUCAAAAGCAUAAGUAUAAGGUCCUUUUCCGGGAACCAGACACAUGGUGGAAGUUCAAACCGAAGGAACUUGCAAGACGUAAUAUUCAUGGAGUAAGCAAAGAGAAAAUAUCAAGAAUGCUGGAGCACUAUCAGCGUUUUGUUUCUGUGCCGAUAAUCAUGAGUUCUUCAGAUCCAGAGAAAACAGAGCAGAUUGAGUUGUGUGCAUAUGCUUGUGAAGACAGAAAUCCUAGCCCAAGAGACAGUGAAGCUGUUAUCUCUGCAAAAGAAGACAGUGUCUCAUCUGCAUCUCCGAAGCACUUAGAGUUAACUGAAGAGAAGACCCUUGAAGUAGGCACACAAGGAGUGUUGCCUGCGAGUGAUCCCCCACUCCCUCAUCCCGGCUUAAAGAGAGGAGGAAAGGAGUUGAGUGACAUGAGUCAUGGCAGUCAUAGCCACUUCUUUCAGGACACUCCGAGCACCUAUUUUCCUAACCCUGAAAGCAAAGUUCAAGCCACAGAUAGAAGUGAGAAAGAACAAGAGACCAUGUCUGAAAAGGAGCCUUCUGAAGCAGAUGCGUGGAGUCCCGCAGAGGGCGCGUCCCCAAAUGGCUCCUGCGCUGAGGACAGUCAGGAAGCCUGUGAGCUUGCAGGUGCCGCUACACUUGCAAGUGAAAAGCCCUCGCCUCCUGACACCCUGGAAGAAAGGACGGCAGGAAAGACAAAGACCAUUGGUAAACAAAAAAGCAAAUCAUCUUUGGAAAAAUUCCCCAAACAUGAGCUAUCAAAUUUUGUUGGUGACUGGCCAGUUGAUAAGACAAUUAGCCAGAGAACCAAAAAGAACCGGAAAACUGAAAAAGGUUUAUCUGUACAAAGUGACAAAAAAUGUAAUCGCUCACAGUCCCACAAAGUAUUAGAUACUAGGGUAUCUGUGAAUACAGAUCCUAUCCAGCCCCAAGGAUCUCCACAUGGAAAUGAUGAUCUUUCAGAAGCACCCAGUAGCUAUCACUACGAUCCUUUCAAAAGUACUGAGCAAACCUCAUUCAGCACUGUGAGCGACUGGCCCGCAUCUGCUUCAUUAGCUCAGAGAGAGCACAGGUCGAGAAUGCCAAAAGCUGGCUUAAGUGAACCCAGCGUGGAAUUUGGACCGAAUGACAACCUGGGUGAAAUACCCUUAUAUCCGGCACACGAGGCAUGCUGGGGGACAAGCCCCGAAGAACUGAAGACGCUGAGUUCCAGCCUUCGGAGUUCUGAAAUGCUGCCCAGUAAACCAGCUCGUGAGCAACACCAGGCAGCUCUGAGUCAGGUGGGCCACGGCCAGCACACACUGCCUCUUCCCUUUCCUGGCAGUACAGCAGGUCUUCCUGGAGUAGUGGGUCCCCGAUCUCUAACAGAAUUUCCAGUGGGGUUGUCUGGAAUUGUCUCUGGAAUAGAUACAGGCAUUUGUACCCAGACUGAGCCCCAAGAUUUUGCUCUCUUGUGGAAAAUAGAAAAGAAUAAAAUCAAUGUUUCAGAUUCUGUCAGAGUGUUGACAGGAAGAUUAGAUGGGUUUAAGCCAAAAGAUUUCACUCUUAAUAGAAAAUUAAAUGUUCAGGAAACAAUUCCAUAUAGAGUAAUGCAUGAUAAAAGUACAUUCGUUGAGGAAAGUGAGCUUACCAGUGCUGAUGAAUCUGAAAAUCUUAACAUCCUUUGCAAACUGUUUGGAUCCUUUUCCUUAGAAGCCCUGAAAGAUUUAUAUGAGAGAUGUAAUAAAGACAUCAUUUGGGCCACAAGCCUCUUGUUGGACUCGGAGACUAAACUAUGUGAGGACACUGCGGUUGAGAAUCCCCCCAGGGCACACAGCGAGUCACAGGUCAGCCCGUUUUCUAUGGGCUUGGAUUUGAAGGAAAUUAUUAGCCACCGAGGAACCUCAGAAGAUUGCAAUUCUUCUGUAUCAGAAUUUAGUGCGGGAAUUGGUAUCAGGAACACCUGUGCACAGUCUGCAGGUGACCUAGAAAGGGGGAACUCACAGCAGGAAGGGAUAAGAGCUAUAAAUCCUGAAAGCCCUGAAUUAAUGACCAGAAUAUUCCCCAGUACCGCUGUAAAGAGUAAUAACGAAGCAGUGCCCGGCCGCCGGGCUGACCUGUCGGGCGCGUGCGCCUUCCAGCAGCCGCGUCCACUCACUCCACAGUCUUAUGUCCCCAAAGAUGUGAGUGCAGUGGAAAAAAAUCUAGCAGUGACAGAGACCAGAGACAAUAUUCAUUCUUUUCUAAAUUUAUCUGAUAUUAUAAACUCAGCAACAAGCACUUCAAAUCUUGAAUUAAAUGAAGAUGUUUAUCUUACUGGCUCUUUGGAAGUAAAGACAAAUGAAAAUCUUCCUAAGGAUUAUAUGAAAUUUGCAAACAUGGAAGAAUUUACCAAUGAAGAUAAACAGGAAAUGGAGAAAAAUCUAAUGCCAGGAACUGGUUGGUCAGCAGGAGUUAGUGAAGAGGGUAAAACUGAGGUAUUGACUCCUGCACCAGUGACAGCCAAAUCUCUGACCAUAGACUGCCUGGAGCUGGCAUUACCCCCUGAGCUGGCUUUCCAACUUAACGAGCUAUUUGGCCCAGUUGGUAUUGAUUCAGGGUCUCUAACAGUUGAGGACUGUGUGGUUCAUAUAGAUCUGAAUCUGGCUAAAGUGAUUCAUGAGAAAUGGAAAGACUCUGUAAUGGAGCGGCAGAGACAGGAGGAGGUUUCUCGAGGCAAGCGCGCGCAAGAUCCUUUGCUGGCUGGAUAUGCUGUUUCUGAUAAUUCUGAGCAAAAAUCAUCUCAGAAAACAGGCAAAAGAUUAUUGAAGACUUUAGCAGCACCUGAGACCCUGGAUCACUGGAACAUUCAAACAAAAAAAGUUUCUCUUCGAGAAAUAAUGUCAGAAGAAAUUGCCUUACAGGAGAAACAUGACUUGAAAAGGGAGACACUUAUGUUUGAAAAGGACUGUGCCACAAAACUAAAGGAGAAGCAGCUCUUUAAAAUAUUUCCAGCCAUUAAUCAAAAUUUCCUGGUGGACAUUUUCAAAGAUCACAACUAUUCACUGGAAAACACUGUACAGUUUUUAAACUGUGUUCUUGAAGGAGACCCUGUGAAAACAGUUGUAGCCCAAGAGUGUGUUCACCAGAACGAGACUAGCACUUCUCAUACUGCACAGAAAUCGAAAGAGAAGAAGGCGAAGAAACCAAAAGAGGCUGAGGACAGCCCAGGCGAGCCGUCUUUCCAGGAUUUUGAGUACCCUGAGUACGAUGACUACAGGGCAGAGGCCUUCCUGCACCAGCAGAAGAGGAUGGAGUGCUACAGCAAGGCCAAGGAGGCCUACCGCAUGGGCAAGAAGAACGUGGCCACCUUCUACGCUCAGCAGGGCAGUCUUCAUGAGCAGAAGAUGAAAGAAGCCAAUCACCUCGCUGCUGUGGAGAUCUUUGAGAAAGUCAAUGCUUCUCUGCUACCUCAGAACGUCUUAGACCUGCAUGGGCUGCACGUGGAUGAGGCUGUAGAGCAUUUGACGGCCGUUCUGCAGCAGAAAACAGAAGAAUUUAAGCAGAGUGGAGGUAAACCCUAUCUGUCAGUGAUUACUGGGAGAGGAAACCACAGCCAGGGAGGAGUUGCUCGAAUCAAACCAGCUGUCAUUAAAUACCUCACAAGCCACAGCUUCAGGUUCUCUGAAAUUAAACCAGGGUGCCUGAAAGUCAUGCUAAAGUGAAACUUAAAGCCCUGGACUUAGAAGCGUGAGGUUUGUGGGCUGAUGUUGGUUUUACUUGUAGUAAUUCAGUCAAUUCUAUUUUCAAAUGUAUUUUAUUAGGAAUGUAAAACAAGAAAAAUGUUUUUCAGAAUUCAAGGAAAAUUUUUUUCUACUUGAUCAAAUUCCAGUCUGUUACUUGUUGAAACAUUAAAGGGAAUUUUUAUUAAUUACAAAAUGUCUAAAAAAUGAUCACCUGCAGUUUAAAGUCUUAAGUGCUAUAUUGUUGUUAGGCAAACAAACAAAGCGGCCAACCAACAAACACUGCCUCUGUGUUCUGGUUCAUACUUAGAGCGUCCUGAGGGGCUGUGAGGGCAGCAGGCUCCAGCCUCUCGAAGAGUUUGUUAAGUAGUGAAGGCGGAAGGGGAGCAGCAAAAACACCAGAGUUUUUUCUGCUUUCAAAACUUAACACAAAAAUCACUUGAUUUUGCUGUUCAUAUAGGCAGACAUUUGAUUGUAUUUCCUCUGUAUCUCUCAUCCCUUCCCUUCUGUGCUGGUUUGUGUGUUUUUCUGGGAGGAAAGUUGGGUCCGAGAGUAACUUAUAGUCUCAUAGGUACAAUAGGUACAAUAGCGGUGCUGGGUGUCCCCUGUGUGUCCUGGACUGUCUGCAGUGACACGGAGCCUAAAUGGCUGCUUUAGACUCAAGACAUUAUUUCUAAGCUGCAGGGAGUCAGUCCUACUGACUUAAGUGCAAAACCAUUUUAGCUAUAACUGUAAAAGAAACCCUCGUAAUUAGAAAGACUUUUUAACCUUUAUUUUGAAAAGGAGCCAACUUUCUGAAAGAAGAGUCUCAUUGACGUCCUUGAGCUGGUGUCCUGUUUGUGUGUAAAUUCUGGUUUCCUUUCUACAGACUUAGUGUGGCAAAGUGUAAUUUUUCUAGAAUGACACAGUAGUUAAAAUAAAUCUAACUUUGGACAUACAGAGUAUUUUCAACAUAGACGGUAUUCACAAACAAUUCUGUUGCAUUUAUGACCUUCAUAAGGAAUGCGGCAGUGCCCUCCCCUGAAAGAUUCUGACAGAGUGAGCUCCCAAAGAGCAUUUUAAUGGGAAUAAAACUUAACCACAUUUUUAAAAAGUCUUGUAAAUCAUGCUUUUAAAAAAGAGCCUUACCAUUGAACUUUAUUUCCAUAAAAACAAAAAUCUAUGUUUGUUACCAACAAAUUGUGAUUACUGAUACUCAACUAUUUAUAUUUUUAGACUUGUAAUAAUUUGUUUUAAAAAUUGCAGUAGUGUAGCAUACCGUUUUUGGUAAUGCUUAGAAAUGUUUUAUAUAUAUUACAAAUAAAGCAGUUCCCUUUUACAGCUUAGUACAAAAACCAUAAUCAGUAGUUAAUAAAGUAAGCAUAUUCCUGUGUUCAAGUUAAUAUGAUACAAAAAACGAGACAAUUUAAAAUUAUUGGAGUGUGUGCAGCUGCAUACUCAUUUUCUGUGUUUUAUAUUUUUUAAUGUUUUAAAACACAUUUGAAUAUUUCAGACAGAUUUAUAUCGUUACUGUGACUCUAAUUAAUAAUAGAGCAGGGAGACACGCUAGUGCGCUGGUGGCUGGAGGCUCUGGCUUGAGGCCCCGGAAAGCGGAGGCCCGGCAGUAGCUGUGCAGUGGAGUAGACCCGAUGGAGACCUCAGGACUGCGAUGAUGACCGAGUCCAUAGGCCGCAGACGCGCAAUCCUGCCUCGCCUUCUAAGUAUCGAGACUAGAGAUGUGUUUUGCCAUGCUUGGCUUCAUAUUCUUUAAUUAUUAUCUAUAAAUACACAAAGUUUGAACAUCAUAUAUUUAUAGUCCCAGAUUUCCUUCCCCAUCUUCCUAUCUGGUAUCACUGAAGCAGUUACAAUUAUGAAAGAUUAUUUUUCUGAACUUUAAUUUGCUGAUCUCUAAAUCUUGUGUCCCAGCCAGAGGUAGAGAUACUUUGGGGAUCAAAGAUUUUUCUUUUGCUCACUUCUGAAUUUUGUAUGUCCAUUUUGUAUGUCAGAGGGAAAGAUGGUUUAGAGAUGACCCAGGUUAGAAGAGCUCUUUGUAAACCUAGUAUUUGAAAACAUUUUAAAACUAUAGCAUUUCUUCCUCCAAACUUGGAAGAUCUUGGUAGCAGUUAUAUAUAUUUAAAAUUCGUUACUGGUAUCAACCCAACAAAAGCAGAAAAUUGAUAGGAAUCACAUGACAGUCAGUGUGAGGGCCAGGCCCUCACGACCAUUUUCAGUCUCUUUACUUAUCCUGUGAGACAGUUGGAGCAUGUUUUCUGAUGUUUAUUUGCUGUUAACAUAUUGGUGUUGUUUUUGAGUUGAAGUUUUCUUCUGUUUAUUAGUAUUUCCAUACUAUUUGUAUACUGUGACAUUUAAGUCUCAUCCAUAUUAUGUAGUGGAAACUGUGACUGAAACAAUAGGUAUUAGAACAGAUUUUGAGAAGAAACAGCUUCCAGUUCUUUGGGGUGGUUUCCUGUCCUUUGUUUUGGUCUUUUUCUUUAUAAAUUCAAGUGCUCUGUUUGCUUUAGAAGGCCAUGUGUAAGGACAAGGUUAGUUAGUUCUGAGCUGGCGAUUGGAAAUGUUUGAACUCAAGAAAUUGCUCUGACAGUGUUCUAACUGCUCUCAAGAAAAUGUAAGAAAUGGACAAAAAUAAUGUGUGCUUUUUUUCUGAGUGCUUUCCAGUGUGCAAUGAGGUGACACUGAUGAUGUUCUGUGCCGUGCGUAAGUGUUGCUUAUGUUUAAAUACUUGUAAAGAAAACAGACUCAAAUGUCUGUGUGGCCAAAACCAAGUGCCAUUUUAAAGGAAAAGGAAGUUGAUGUAGAAUGUAUGUUAAUGGUGCUUCUUUUUAAAGUGUGAUUUAAGUUUACAGUAUUACUUGAUGCCUCUUUACAGAAGCGAAUAGAGAAACGAGGCUCAAACACACUGUGUCCUGAAGCCUUCGUGACCUCGGUUAGAGGAUGCCGGAGUUCAUUCCCUGUCCUCACAUUUGAGCUUGACUUCCUUGGUCAGGUGAUGAACCUGCUUUGUUGAAUUACCCCUCUUCGUCUCAUUAAAGUGCCCCAUUGCAGCUAGCAGUUGAAGAAUAGACUAUAAGAUUUUCAGACGGUAUAUCAGAAACAAAAUGUUUUUAUUUGUACUAUAAAAAUGUGAUUUUUGCUGUCAACUCUGUACUUUUUUAUUGAAAAUGUUUAUAAUGUUGCUUUUAAAAUUUCUUAUGAAACCAUUUACAAAUUACACACUUAAUUUAAUAAAAUGCUUUCAUCACA